CUGCACGCGCUCUGCUGGCAGAAACAGAAGAUGUUGAACAAGCUUACCGGGCGGCAAAACCGCUCAUCUUAAACAUUUAUAACGAUUUCGGUUACUUUAUUCCGAUAGAACAACAUACAGAAACUACAGCUGCUCCUGCGCCGUCACCGUGUGCGUCAGUGACAGCAGCCUGAAGUCCCCAAACAGCCGCUCCAAAUAUAACCCGUGCCAGACUGAGAUCGGAAUGCGAGCUAGUGGUCGAAACCGAACACCAUCUCGGCUGCUGCUACUCCUUCGUCCUGACAGACAGAAUGAAUCUUGAACACAGAUCUUUGCGCUAUGCUGCAGCGCGCGCGUCUGUGUGUGUGCGCGCGACUUUCCCCAAAUGCUGUUUACGCAUUAAUGUCUGCCAAAAUUACAUUAGUCAGGGGCACUGACGUGCGCAGAACGGGGGCUACAGGGGCGCAAGCCCAUUCCCUUUCGUUCUCAAAUCUAAAGGUGCCCUUCACAAAUGUGAAGAUGCCCUUUUAAGAGGAGGUGCCUUUACAACAGCAUAACAUUUGUGGCAUAAUAUUGAUUAGCACAAAAAAUAAUUUUGACAUGCCCAUCCUUUCUUUAAAAACAAAAACAAAAGCAGACCACUUUCAGUGGAAGUGAAUGGGGGCCAAUCUGUAAACAAUAAAAUACUCACUGUUUCAAAAGUAUAGCUACUGUACAAGAAAUGAACAAUAUGUGUGUUAACAUGAAUUUAGUGUGAUUAAUCACUUACUAACCUUUUCUGUGUAAAGUUAAAGCAGAUUGACAUCUUUGUUGCCAUGACGAUGUAAAGUCAACAAACCCUAAAACCCAAAAAAAGACAUUAAAACGACGAUUUAAAGAACAUCUCAGAUCAAAUAGUGCAUUAGUUUCACCAGAAGAAUUCAUGUAAGUGCUUUUACAAAAUUAUAAGUUUCACAUUUCUGUCUUUAAACCCUCUAAACGGUGGCCCCAUUCACUUCCAUUGUAAGUGCCUCACUGUAACUUCCAUUUUUGAUUUUUUAAAGGAGAGAUGAGUAAAAAUAAUUUUUGUGCUAAUCAAAAUUCUGCUACAAAUUCUGUCAAUUGAGCUCAACUUGUAUUGGACCCGGGAUAUUCCUUUAACAAAAUAAAAUUAUAAAUAAAUAAAUAAUAAUUUAUAGAAAGAAAAAUACAAAGAAAUAUAUAGAAAGAUUAUUACACUGCUGAAGGUCAACUACAUUUAUUGUGAUUAAUUUGAUGAAUUUAUUAUGAUGGGUUUGGCUAUAUAUAAAACAGAAAUUGUAAAAUAAUAAUAAUUACUAUAACUGCAUCUAGUCUUUGGCAGAAACUACAGUUACCAGGUUAAAUUUGGUCACACUUUUACAAUCUUUCAUGGUACUGUGUAUUUACAUAAGUAAUUACCAGGAAAUAUUAAUGAGCUACAUAAACUUAUUGUAUCAGCAGUUUUUGAGCUGCUCAUACUUGCAUAUUGUUAUAUUGUUAUCACUAUAGUAAUAGAUAUUAACGUGUAAUAUGUGUUACGCAAAAAUAAAGUGUCAUCGUUAAUACUUGUAAAGGUGGGUCAAAGGCAGAAAUAAAAGACCAAUGUGCUGUUCCUUUGAGCUGGUUAGAUGACAUCUCUUUCACACCAUUAUUUUACAGCCACCUGUCAGCUAACCCAGAUUAGACCUUGAUCGUGAUGCCAAGAGCGACUGUGGUGUCUGUGCGUGUGUAGGCGAGGGCUUAACGGUGGUGAAAAAUCUGUCCAGCCAUCUGUUCUGGCAAGAGAAGAGAAGAGAAGAGAAGAGAAGAGAAGAGAAGAGAAGAGAAGAGAAGAGAAGAGAAGAGAAGAGAAGAGAAGAGAAGAGAAGAGUGUGGAAAAAAGAGGAAGGAACAUAUCUUGGUACUAAUUGGCUUGGAUGGUCAUGGGGCAUAUGGUGGCCUACAACUGAUAUGACUUUUGAAUCUGCACAUUUCAAGAUGUCGGAAACAGGAGAAUCUCAAAAUCUUCAAGAAUGCACUAAGAAUGAUGAGAUGCCACUUCCAUGUUGUACCAUGGACACUGAGGACUGUCAUAACAACAGCCAGCCAAACUCAGAUGGUAAACAUGGAGGACUUAAAAAGAAUCUGAAGGUCAAAGGGAAAUUAAUGCGGAGUACAGCAGUAUGUGACAUCUCACUUCCCACUGAGGAGAACAGCAAUGAAAAAGACAGCAAGACAACUAUAUCUAGUAACCAUGGAAACAGCCCUGAGUGUGAUGAGGAGGAAGAGGGGAACAGCAAAGUGGGCACCACAACCAAAAAGCCAAGUUUAUCUAAAGAGCCUAGUCUGGAGUACACAGACUCCACAGGUAUUGAUCUGGAGGAAUUUCUAAUGACGACUUUGAAGAGCAGUCCCAGGGACAGACUGAUGCUCCUUAAACUCGAGCAGGAUAUGACUGACUUUAUGACAGACAACAGCUCUUAUAAGAAAUUCUCUCAGAUGUCAUCAUACCACAGGAUGCUGGUUCACAGGGUCGCAGCUUAUUUUGGUCUGGAACACAAUGUGGAUCACAGUGGAAAAGCUGUUAUCAUCAACAAAACCUGCAAUUCUAGGAUACCAGAACAUCGGUUUGCUGAACAUGUUCAAGAAGAGAAGAUAGAGGAAAGAAGAAUAAUAUUGAAGAGGAACAUCAGUCAAGACAAAGAAGAUGGUCAGAGGCUCAGAGUUCCAUUGCUCAAAGAACAGAUGAGGAGCAAGUCAAUAGAGGAGAGAGAGGAGGAGUACCAUAGAGUCAGAGACAGCAUAUUCUCUCAGGAUUCCUCUUGUGUUUCACAGAGUGUUUACAUUGAGACCAGAGGCCUUGAAGAUGGUGGUAUUCUCAAUGAGACCCAGAAAAGACGACAGCUAUUUAGGGGUAACUGGGGCAAUUCUGGUCAGCUGUCCGGCAGCAGGCAGAGCAGCUUUGAGCUGGACUCUCAUUGGAAUGACCCUCAACCUUGGAGCAGCACAGAUUCUGACAGUCCGACUUGGACCUCUAAAUCUACACACAGCAGCUCCAAACUCUGCAAACCAGUGUCCGAGUCAGCUCUGUCCUACGCUCCACCCAAUAACAGCCCAGCUUACAUCUUUGUGCCUGCAGAGUCAUCGAUACCUCCUGGGAGUAUCUUAUUGAACCCACAUACAGGCCAGCCAUUUCUGAAUCCUGAUGGAACUCCAGCUGUUUACAACCCACCAGUCAGUCAGAAGCCAAUCAGUAACCAACUUAACACGGUACAACAUCAAGCCCCGCCCCCUCCACCUCAGCAGCAGCAUGUAGCAAGCCAUGGAGUCCCACAGGUGCAAUACUCCUCAGUGACUUAUCUUCCAUCUCAGCAGUCAAACGUCUCUACCUCUCAGCAACACCCAAUAGAACAUACCAGGGAAGAUCUCACCUCCAAGUCUGGUCACAUGACCUUGAGCCCCCAAUCAUCGGGGGAUCUUCCUGAUAUGCCCUCUUAUUACUUCCAAGGUGCUCCGCCAACACACAGCUAUGCCCCACCUCACCAUAGCUACGCUCCCUCUCACCAUUCAGAUAGUUACGUGAAUCCUGGAAUGACACUGGCUUCUCCCACAGCCCCUCCCCCUCAUACCCAUAAUCAGCAGAGUAAUCAGGUUUCAGUGUACAGUUACCCUGUUCAGUGUUCUGGUGCAUCCCAACAAUAUGGAGCAGCCAGUUAUAGCACACAAACAGGAUACCCAGCUGUCAUAUCUAACCAACAAGUUUCUCCAGGCAUGAUGGGAAGUCCGAUUCUACCCCAAACACAGCAAGGCAUUAUGGGAUCUUAUCCAUCUGUACCCUCCUAUCAGGUACUACAACAACAACAACAACAACAGUCUUUUCCAUCUGCAAUGCUGGGGCAAGGUGGGCAGAUGCAGUGUUUUGUGCCCCCUGCCGGAGUUCAAGUGUACUGCAACUCCAUGCCCCCUUCUCCCCCUCCACCACUCAGUAUGCUGGGAGUCUCCUUCCAGUCAAGUGGCUGCAAAAACAGCUGUAAUAUUAAUCAGAACCAGUUCUGGAACUAAAAUAAACUAUUCGCACCUACAGCUCAGCUGUGAAAGCCAAACAGACCCAGUGUAAAAACAAGCUCCUAUGCAUUCAGUAUUUACUGUAUAGCUACAACCCCAAUUCUGAAAAAGUUUGGAACGUAUGAAAAAUGCUAAUAAAAACAAA